AUGGAUCCUCAAAUAUUUGCUCAAAGCUUGAAAAGAGAAGCUGCUUUAUAUAUUGCCAAAUUAUUUGAUUUACCCGAUUUACCUCGAAGCAGAGUCCAUGACAUUACCAAUGGUUUCACACAAUUUUUAAACAAUAGUCCUAUCACGAUUCUUUUUAUGCACUUAUUAAACAGCUUAGAAUUUUUAAAUGAAUCACCUAAUAAUUUAUUAGCGAUGAAAACAAUGCUCGCAUUAAUUUUAAAUCCUUUCGAAGAAUUACGUACAGAGCAUCAAUGCUUACAACAUUUUGAAGACACUGAUACAUAUAUACCGCCAAUUGAAGUUGUUGUUGGAACCAAAAAACGUUACAAAAAUAUUAAAGAUGAAAUUAUUUCAACAAAUGAAAAUAUCACCGUUCAAGUUAUUCCACUACAACAAGUUUUACAAAAAUUUUUUGAAUUGCCGAAUGUUUUUGAACUUACUUUAACAUAUAUUAGUAAUCUAGAAAAUGAAAAAAUUCUUUAUAGUAAUAUAAUACAAGGUUUAAAGUGGAGAGAAAAAAAAAAUUUCGGUGAAAGAAUUGUUUUUCCCAUAUUAUUUUAUCAGGAUGAUUAUGAGACUAAUAAUCCUUUAGGCAGCCGAAAAGGGUUAGGCAAACUUGGUACAGUCUAUAUCAUUAUUCCUUGCUUGCCGCCAUCUCUACGAUCCAAAGUUGAAAAUAUUUUCUUAUUAUCAUUACAUAAAUGUGAUGAUUUACAAUAUGUUACUUUGAAAACAAUGUUAUCUAGAGCUAUUGUAGAAUUGAAAAGCUUGGAAUCUACUGGUAUAACAAUAAGAACAUCGUCGGGGCAACAUCAAAUUUAUUUUUCAUUGGCUGGAGUGAUAGGAGACAAUCUUGCUAUCCACUCGAUGCUAGGAUUUGUAGGUAGUUUCUCAUCACAUUAUCCUUGUCGAUUUUGUUUGAUUAAUAGAGCUGAUAUAAACAGUACAUUUGAUGAGUCUGAUUGUAUACUCCGUACAGAUGAAAAUUACAAAAAUGAUUGA